AUGAGUAACGAUAAGCCCACCGUCGAGAACAUCGACGACAUCAACGCCAAGAUGGCGCAAAGGUCCUCGUACGACGCGAAGCUUGACCCGGAAAAGCACACCGAGCAGUCUCUUGCGUACGACCCGACCGUAGAGAGAAAGCUUAGGCUAAAGAUCGAUCUCAUGAUUGUGCCAACGGUCGCUCUGCUUUACCUCUUCUGCUUCAUUGACAGAGCCAACAUUGGCAACGCUCGCAUUGCAGGUCUCGAGAAGGACCUCGGCAUGGCAGGCUACGACUACAAUGGAACACUCAGUGUCUUCUACAUCAGCUACAUUCUAUUCGAAAUUCCCGCCAACAUCCUCUGCAAGGUCAUGGGGCCCGGAUGGUUCCUCCCUCUUACCACCUUGCUCUUUGGCAUCUGCUCAGUCGGCACUGCUUUCGUCCACACCGUCCCACAGCUCAUGGCAGUCCGAUUCCUUCUCGGCAUCUUUGAGGCUGGAAUGUUGCCAGGCAUUGCCUAUUACCUGUCCCGCUGGUACCGACGAUCCGAACUCGCCUUCCGCCUCAGCUUGUACAUUGUCAUGUCGCCUUUGGCUGGAGCUUUCGGUGGUCUCUUGGCCUCUGCCAUUCUUCGCCUCGAUGGAUUCGGAAGCAUCCAUACAUGGCGCAUGAUCUUUGCCAUCGAAGGAAUCAUCACAAUUGGGCUGGCGCUCAUCGGCUUCAUUACCCUUACCGACCGCCCCGCCUCUGCUCGCUGGCUCACAGAGGCCGAAAAGGAUCUCGCCGAGACCCGUGUUCGCUCUGAGCGUGUUGGUCAGACUCAAGUCCUCGACAAGAUGGACACCAAGAAGCUCCGUCGGGGAAUUUUCGCACCUGUUACGUUGGCAACAUCGUUUGUCUUCCUGUUGAACAACGUCACUGUGCAAGGCCUCGCUUUCUUCCUGCCAACGAUCGUCAGGGGUAUCUACCCCACGGCGACUGUUCAGCGCCAACAACUCUUCACCGUCCCUCCCUACGUUGUUGGAGCCUUCUUCACCGUCCUGCUGCCACUGCUCAGCUGGCGCCUCGAUCGCCGACAGAUCUUCUUCAUGAUGUCUGCACCGCUAGCAAUGAUUGGUUAUAUCAUGUUCCUGGCUUCAAAGGACCUCUCAGUGCGCUACGGUGCCACUUUCCUCAUCACGUCAGCUGUAUUCGCUCUCGGCGCCCUCACAAACGCUCAGGUCGCCGCGAAUGUCGUGUCCGACACGGCACGUAGCGCAGCGAUUGGAACAAACGUUAUGUUUGGCAACGUGGGAGGCCUCAUUUCAACUUGGGCUUUCUUGCCAUGGGACGCACCCAACUACCCAAUCGGCAACGGAUUGAACCUGGCGACCUGCAGCAUGAUUCUGAUUACCUCGACUCUCACGUUGUUCUGGAUGAAGCGAGACAACCGUAGACGUGAGGCCCGAAACGUCGAGGCCGAGUUGCAGGGCUUAUCGAGACAAGAAGAGAGUGAUUUGGAUUGGAAGCACCCUGCUUUCAGCCAUACGAUGCGACAAACUCAUUCUUCAUACGGCCAGUUGGCUCUAUGGGGCACGCUCCUCACAGACACGCCACUCGUAUUUCCAGAAAGCGAAUUCACCAUGUCUUUGUUUGUCUCAUCCACCGAUAUUCAAAACAAAGAUUUCCAACGCGACCCUACUUUCAAAAGUCGGCAGACACGGUUGCCUGUGCUAGGUCCCUCCAUUGAGAUGAUGCUGCCUCAUUUGGGGGUGGGGGGGUUCCUUCUGAUUCUCUUUCUCUUCCUCUUUUUCUCGCCCUCCUCACCUUUUCAACGUCAUCAACUGGAGCUUGCCUUGGCUACUCCCAACGGAACAGAGCCACCCGAUUUCGGCAGAGAAGAACUCGAAUCGCGGUUCAAUUCAGUCAUGACGCUGUUCCUCUCUGAAGCUCCACGCUCUCACGUGGAGAAGGCUGCUGCGGCGCUGCUCCUGGAACCCAGACUGGAUUCUAGAAAACAAUCCGUCCUACAUUCUUUGCUUAUUGAUAGCCCGGAAGGCUACGUUGAGCAUGCGGAAGAAGCGCUUCGGCAUGCCAACCUAGUCAUGCUCGCGAUGUCGAUCCUCCACCCUGGCAUGUCGGAUGAUGCGCAGCCACUGAUCACCAUAUUGGAGAUGUCCCUGGAGAAAGCGCGUCGCUGCAAGGCCAUCAUUGACCGCGCGGUAAAGGAGAAAGUGGUCGACACAGAAGUCAUGAUGGAUCUCCUCGCCCAUGAGGGUGAACUGCAGCUCUUCCUCAAGCGAUACAUCGCUGCCAUGGACGCCGCUCGUGGACCUCCCCGAACCGCGCCCAAGGAUGACGUCUCUCUCGAUGGAGCGCCUGCUUAUGAUCCCGAGACGAGCUUGCUGCUCAGCCGUCUCUCGGCUCGUCUGCGAUUCGCCAAAGAAGCUACGGAACCCGCUUCCGAGGAUCCUGACCCAGAGGAUGCUGCUACUCCCGAGAACACUACCUCCAAAGUCCAAGAGACCAGCGGCAAUAUUCCUGAUGCGGCGAUCAAGCCAGAGCUUAUCUAA